GCUGCGGCGCGGGUCUGGACGGCUGGCGGCCGUGGGUUGGGGUCUCUCUGUUCUUCGGUCAUGGCCUCAGAGAAGCCGACCGUGGUGGUGACUUGCACCGCGCCCGUCAACAUCGCGGUCGUCAAGUACUGGGGAAAGCGAGAUGAGGAGCUGAUCCUGCCCAUCAAUUCCUCUCUCAGCGUCACGUUGCACCAGGAUCAGUUAAAAACCACCACGACAGCCGCCAUCAGCAGGGACUUCACGGAGGACCGGAUUUGGCUGAACGGCCGGGAGGAAGACGUGGGGCAGCCUCGCCUCCAGGCCUGCCUGAGGGAAAUCCGCCGCCUGGCCCGCAAACGGAGGAGCAACGGCCUUGAGGACCCACUGCUUCUCAGCCUCAGCUACAAGGUUCACGUGGCUUCGGAGAACAACUUCCCCACGGCCGCAGGCCUGGCCUCCUCGGCUGCAGGCUAUGCCUGCCUAGCCUAUGCCCUGGCCCGGGUCUAUGGGGUGGACAGCGAUCUGUCGGAAGUGGCCCGCAGGGGCUCGGGCAGCGCCUGCCGCAGUCUAUAUGGUGGCUUCGUGGAGUGGCAGAUGGGGGAGCGCCCUGAUGGGAAGGACAGCGUUGCCCGUCAGGUGGCCCCCGAGUCACACUGGCCGGAGCUCCGAGUCCUGAUCCUCGUGGUGAGCGCUGAGAAGAAGCCAAUGGGCAGCACGGCAGGCAUGCAGACCAGUGUGGAGACCAGUGCCCUGCUCAAGUUCCGGGCAGAGGCACUGGUGCCAGCGCGCAUGGCUGAGAUGACCCGCUGCAUCAGGGAGCGUGACUUCCAGGCCUUUGGCCAGCUGACCAUGAAGGACAGCAACCAGUUCCACGCUACCUGCCUGGAUACCUUCCCACCCAUCUCCUACCUCAGUGACACAUCCCGGCGCAUCAUCCAGCUGGCGCACCGCUUCAACGCUCACCAUGGGCGGACCAAGGUGGCAUACACUUUUGAUGCGGGUCCCAACGCCGUGAUCUUUACCCUGGAUGACACCGUUGCUGAGUUUGUGGCUGCCGUGAGGCACAGCUUCCCCCCUGAGUCGAACGGAGACAAGUUUCUGAAGGGGCUGCCCGUAGAGCCCGUUCUGCUCUCAGAUGAGCUUAAAGCCACACUGGGCAUGGACCCCAUCCCCGGCGGCAUCAGAUAUAUCAUCGCCACCCAGGUGGGACCUGGGCCUCAGGUCCUGGACGACCCUGGCGCUCAUCUCCUGGGUCCUGAUGGUCUGCCAAAGCCAGCUGCCUGACCACGUCUUCAAUGGGGCCCGGCCACCGCUGGGAGAAGGGGCUGCUUCACUGGGACUGGGAGCCGGGUGUGGUGAACAGGCCACGCUUGUUGGGAUUUGUGGGUGACUGCCUGCUCUGGGCCGGGCCGUGUGCUGUGGCCGAGUUGGGCAAUGGAAUGAUGCCUGCAGCCACCCAGGUGAUCAGGGGCAGCCCCCCCAAGUGCCUCACCUUUCCCUGACCUGCACCCAGAGCUUGCUGAGAUGGAGACCUGGACCCUGAUCCAAGACCAGGGGACUGAGCUGGCAGGGAGCUGCUGGUGCAUCGAUCAUGAAGGGAUCCUGGACUCAUAGCCACCCCACUGUUACAGGAGGUGAUGGCAUGUCGGGGUACCCCUCAGAGCUGGAAGCCAUGUCACCAUGCAGGAGGCGACCUCAGGACAGCUCCAUGAAGUGCUCCCCCAACUCUAAGCCCAGGCCCCUGAGCGGGUGCAGUGUUGUGUCUGCGGGACAGGGGAGCAGUGCCAAGGCCAAAGUAAAAGCAGUUCGAGGACUCCA